AUGGUCAAGUUGCUAAUGAAGAAUGGAGCCAUAUCACGGGAGGACAAGUGGGGUGUUACUCCCCUUGACGAAGCGAAUUUAUCUUGCAAUGAGGACGUGAUCGAAGAACUUGAAUCCUACAAGUGCCAAGAAGAUGAGAGUAUUGAGAAAGUCAAAGCAGAUGAGGAUGUUGACAAAGUCAAAGUAGGUCUAGAUAAGGUUGUUACGGUUUGAGGAAGUUUCACAUGAACCGAGGAAGUUCACAACUUUUGUAUAUCCUAUUUUGAAUAUUUCUAAUUCAUUGAUAGCAUGUAAUGAUUCCUCCUCUCCAUUUGGUAGCCAAACACAGCAAAAACUUAAAUCAAGUUAAAACUCCAUGAGUUCCAUAUUCACCUG